AUGGCCGGCGCGGCGCUGCUGGCGUGGUGGGCCGUCGCGUUCCACCCGUCCUACGCGCAGCUGUGGAUGGUCCCGCUCGGCCUCGUCCUCGCCGGCACCCCGCCCGUCGUCUGCCUCGCGCUCCGCUUCAGCUCUGUCUCCCGCGCGCCGCCGCCGUUGCUGCCGCCGGGCAAAGGCUCAUCCGAGUCCGCCGGUGCGCCGCCGCAGCCGCCCUUGGUCGACGUGGUCGUCCACAAGUAG